AUGGUGUACCCCGGGAGAGCCAUGGCCACUUUCCGCUUGGCCCUCAUCCAACUUCAAGUUUCUUCCGUCAAAUCGGAUAAUCUCAAUCGAGCUUGUAGCCUUGUCCGGAAGGCAGCCUCCCAAGGAGCAAAAAUAGUUUCUCUGCCAGAAUGCUUUAAUUCUCCAUAUGGCACGAGCUAUUUUCCUGAAUAUGCAGAGAAAAUUCCCGGUGAAUCCACAAACAAGCUCUCACUACUAGCAAAGGAGUGCAGCAUAUAUCUCAUUGGAGGUUCCAUUCCUGAAGAGGAUUCUGGGAAAUUAUAUAACACCUGUGCCGUGUUUGGGCCUAAUGGAGCUUUACUGGUAAAACACAGAAAGCUCCAUCUGUUUGACAUUGAUGUUCCUGGGAAAAUCACAUUUCAAGAAUCUAAAACAUUGAGUCCUGGUGAUACUUUCUCCACAUUUGAGACUCCUUACUGCAAAGUGGGCCUGGGCAUCUGCUACGACAUCCGCUUUGCAGAGCUUGCACAAGUCUACGCGCAGAGAGGCUGCCAGCUGCUGGUCUAUCCCGGAGCCUUUAAUCUGACCACUGGACCGGCUCACUGGGAGCUGCUUCAGCGAGGCCGGGCUGUCGAUAAUCAGCUGUACGUGGCCACGGCCUCUCCGGCCCGCGACGACAAGGCCUCCUACGUUGCCUGGGGACACAGCACCGUCGUGAGUCCUUGGGGCGAGGUCCUGGCCACAGCUGGCCCUGAAGAAACGAUCGUGUACUCAGACAUCGACUUGAAGAAGGUGGCUGAAAUACGCCAGCAAAUCCCCAUCCUUAGCCAGAAGCGGUCAGAUCUCUACGCAGUGCAGGCGAAAAAGCCCUAA